AUGUUCCCGCCGUGCCGCGCGCCGCCGCGCACUGCCCCCGCGCCGCGCACGCGCGUACUCGCCGCGCACGCUCCCCGCGCGCCUCCGCGCGUGCCCCCGACCGCGCACGCGCGCACUCGCCGCGCCCCCGCCCCCAAGCCUGACGCCCUCCGGCCCCGGCCCCGCUCUUCCCAGCUUCGCGCCCACCCCCUCCGCACCCGUCAGGCCAGGCCCAAGCGCUCGCUGUUCUGGGCUGGGCGCAGCCGCCUGCCGCACUGCGGACGACGCCAGACCAGGCCCCUCGUAACAUUACCCCUUUUAAAAACUUCAACUGCUUGGACUUGA